CUAAUUUUAUUUGUGACAGUAAUUUUAAUAAUGGCGUCGUUAUUUGUUGUGGACACUUCUGGCGACCAGCAAUUAUUCAGUGGAGAUGGUCUACAGCAUUCCGCUGCAGUAUAUAAUGAGAUCUCCAAGGGUCGGGAACUGGCUGUUGAUCAGGAGUCUAGCGAAGAGGAAGAUGAGCAAGAUGAUGAAAUGGAACUAUUUGGCGUUAAGUUAAGGUGUAAAGAUGUUAGCAAAGUUCUUGCUACCGCACAGGAAACUAACAAACAACUGCCUUCCAAAGUGGCCCUUCAACUUGAUGAGGUUGCUGAGAUGGUGAACGAAGCGGCACAAAAUGCAGCCACGCACAAGUUACAAAUGCGUCAGAGGAUCACAGAAAUUGACAGCGAGACCAGCGAGGAUAUACAAGUGCGAAAAAUAAAUCUUGAAAAAGAUAUGCAAAAUACGAAGCAAUUAACCGGCAUCGAAGCGCAGAAGGCAUUACCCACAGUGUCCAGGCGUAAGCAGCCCAUACUAAAUAGAGCGGAACGUGCUAAGACGAAGGGUAGCGGCUGGUUUGAUUUACCGGCAACAGAAGUUACUGAUGAGAUGCGGAAUGAGCUGAAGAUAAUACAAAUGCGUUCGGUGCUGGAUCCUAAGCACUUCUACAAAAAGAAUGAUCUGAAGGUGCUGCCGAAAUACUUCCAGAUUGGCACAGUUCAGCACUCGCCUCUGGAUCACUUUGAAGAGAAACAUAUCCGCAAGACCAAAAAGUCACUGGUGGACGAGCUGUUGGCAGAUGAAGCCUUCCAAAGUUUUAACAAACGAAAGUAUAAGGAGGUGAUAAUGCGAACAGAUAAAUACGCUCAUCGCAAGGCCAUGAAGAAAAUGAAGAAGUUGAAGAAAAAUAAAUAAGCAAAACUUGUAAAUUGUAUUUUAAA